CGGUGGAAUGUGAAACCAAAUCAUUUACAAGUUAAAGAUAGACUCAAGAGUACAUAGCAUCUUGGGCAUGGGUUUCAACUCAGUCUCUUGCCAACUUCUGCCUUGUGGAGCUUUCAUUUUGCUGCCUCCUGGGCUUCCGAGUUUUUACUCUUUCAGACUGUCAGUGUAUUGGAAUUACUAGGGGUGUGUGAGAAGAUCAUGGUGUAUACUGCAGGAUGAUAUACUUCAAGAAGAUACACUUGGCUGAUUUCAUGGAUCACAACAGGACAUAGAGACCAUUUCUGAUGACAGUGGCCCGUUGGUAUCUGCUAGAAUUUGGUUCCAGAAACUCCCCAUAGGUACCAAAAUCCAUGGAUGCUCAAGACCCAUUAAAUCCAAUGAAUGAUUGAAGACUGUGGGAAAAGAGGAACUACCAUGGCAGAAAGGAGGCAGCUGUUUGCAGAAAUGCGGGCUCAAGAUCUGGAUGGCAUCCGUCUGUCCACUUACAGAACAGCAUGCAAGCUUAGAUUUGUACAGAAGAAAUGCAACUUGCACCUAGUGGAUAUUUGGAAUGUGAUAGAAGCACUACGGGAAAAUUCAUUGAACAACUUGGAUCCAAAUGUAGAGCUGAACGUGGCUCGGCUUGAAGCAGUAUUAUCAACAGUUUUCUAUCAACUUAACAAACGCAUGCCAACAACCCACCAGAUUAAUGUAGAACAAUCCAUCAGUUUACUUCUCAACUUCUUGCUGGCAGCUUUUGAUCCAGAAGGUCAUGGAAAAAUUUCUGUGUUUGCUGUCAAAAUGGCCUUGGCAACACUUUGCGGAGGAAAAAUCAUGGAUAAAUUAAGAUAUAUUUUCUCAAUGAUAUCAGACACAAGUGGUGUAAUGAUUUAUGGAAAAUAUGACAUGUUUCUACGAGAAGUUCUAAAGCUGCCCACUGCUGUCUUUGAAGGUCCUUCUUUUGGUUACACAGAGCAAUCAGCGAAAUCUUGCUUUUCUCAACAGAAAAAAGUCACACUGAAUGCUUUCUUGGACACUCUUAUGUCUGAUCCUCCACCACAGUGUCUGGUGUGGUUACCGCUUCUGCAUCGACUGGCAAAUGUUGAGAAUGUCUUCCACCCCGUUGAGUGUUCCUACUGCCAUAGUGAGAGCAUGAUGGGAUUUCGCUAUCGAUGCCAACAGUGUCACAAUUACCAGCUCUGUCAAGAUUGCUUCUGGAGGGGACAUGCCAGUGGUUCCCAUAGCAACCAGCAUCAAAUGAAAGAAUACACGUCAUGGAAAUCACCUGCUAAGAAGCUAACUAAUGCACUUAGCAAGUCUUUAAGCUGUGCUUCCAGCCGUGAACCUUUGCACCCAAUGUUCCCUGACCAGCCUGAAAAACCUCUAAACUUGGCUCAUAUUGUAGAUACUUGGCCUCCUAGACCAGUCACCAGCAUGAAUGACACAUUGUUCUCCCACUCUGUUCCCUCAGGAAGCCCUUUCACAAAUAGAAGGUUACUUGAGAAUAUAAAUGUAGCCAAUGCUGUGGUUGAUGAGCAUUCUGUCAUAAAGCUGUAUGUAAAUCAGCUUGAAAACAAUUCACGUUGUCGUGUCUCAUUAAAUAGCUCUCCUUACAAGAAUAAUGAAGUAGAGCAGAACAAAUUGCUGGCUAGGGCUGCUCCAGCUUUUUUGAAAGGCAAAGGGUUACAGUAUAGCCUCGAUGUUGCAGACAGGCUGGCUGAUGAACAUGUUCUCAUUGGGUUGUAUGUCAACAUGCUCCAGAACAACCCCUCACGUUUGCUUGACAGUCCAAACCGUCUAGAUGAAGAGCACAGACUGAUUGCCAGGUAUGCGGCGAGACUCGCAGCAGAGACUACUUCAUCACAGGCACAACAGCAACCCCAGCAGAGAGGUGCUCCAGAUAUCUCAUUCUCUAUUGAUGCAAAUAAGCAACAACGGCAGCUUAUUGCAGAACUUGAAAAUAAGAACAGAGAAAUCUUACAAGAAAUUCAGAGGCUGCGACUCGAACAUGAGCAGGCAUCUCAGCCCACACCAGAGAAGGCAGCACAGAAUCCUACCCUCCUUGCAGAGCUCCGGCUCCUUAGGCAGAGGAAAGAUGAGCUGGAACAGAGGAUGUCUGCUCUUCAGGAAAGCCGGAGAGAACUUAUGGUCCAAUUAGAAGGCCUCAUGAAACUGCUCAAGGAAGAAGAAAUGAAGCAGGGAACUCAAGGAGCAGGCUCCCCUCGUUCAUCUCCCAGCCAUACCAUCAGUCGGCCAAUUCCAAUGCCUAUUAGGUCUGCAUCUGCCUGUUCAACUCCAGCCCAUACACCUCAGGACUCUCUGACAGGUGUAGGGGGAGAUGUGCAGGAAGCUUUUGCACAAGGUACAAGAAGAAAUUUAAGAAACGACUUGCUGGUUGCAGCAGAUUCUAUCACCAACACUAUGUCUUCUCUGGUAAAAGAACUAAACUCAGAAGUUGGAAGUGAGACAGAGAGUAAUGUGGAUUCUGAGUUUGGUCGGACUCAUUUUGAUGACCUUGUUCCAUCACCAACUUCUGAAAAGGCUUUCCUUGCGCAGAUCCAUGCCCGGAAGCCAGGCUACCUUCACAGUGCAGCUGCCACUGGAACGAUUCGCAGUGAUAUGGUUACAGAAGAUGGAGAGCCUUAUGUUAGAGCAGAUGAUGAGAACUAUGAAAAUGAUUCUGUCCGCCAGCUAGAGAAUGAGCUCAAGAUGGAGGAAUAUUUGAAACAAAAGCUUCAGGAUGAAGCUUAUCAGGUCAGCUUGCAAGGAUGAGUAACUAUCCUUGUAUCACUCUCCUCUCCAGAAAGCUGCAGUCAAAUGGACAACGAAAGUGAUGUAAGAACUGAUGAGAAGGAGAGCUACACCCAUAUGGAUAACAGAGAUAACCUGGCUGCAAGCUUCACUGAAGAAGUGAAACAAGUGCAGCACCUCUGACAUACGAUAACCAGUUAGAUCUGAAGACUGUAGCACAGUGCUUUUUUUUUUGUUCUAGAAGUUGUAGUUUGUAGGUGUUUGUUUUGAAGAAGAAGAAAAAAGACUUUUAUUUAAAGCUAACUUAAUAUCAGCUACAUCAUAUGUAACAUGGCUCAUUUACUGGUGAAGAACACAGGCUUAACAAUGCUGCUGUUACAAUUAAUAGCAGUACUAACAAAACACAAGCCCUUUCCACAUCAUCUUGAACCUGUUCAGUUUACAAUAACAAUAGUGUUUCUAUUAAGAGUUUGAUUUCUGAAUAAUUUGAAAUUUUAGAACACUUUCCUACACACUGUACAUUGUUUUUCCACGGGGAAAUUUUAAAACAAAGCAUUUAACACUGAAUUAAUAUACUCUUGAGUGUACAUAUUUAUAGCCCAAAAGCUUAGUACUAGGCGAUGGCUGCAAUUCUGAAUCAAACUGCAUGUACUACAAAUCCCACCAAUAUCAGUGGGGUUUAAGUCCAUAUGACUAGAUGCAGGAUUGCAGUCUUAGGUUGAAAUUUGUUUUACAGUCUUUCUGCAAAAAAAAAAAACAUAAAACAAAAAAUAACAGAUUUGUACAAAAUGCACUAAGAAGUAACUCUAUGAUUUAGGGCUACUGCAUAACUUAGGAAUGUUUUCUUUCAAAGUAAUCUAACAAAUCAGCCAUAGACGUUAGUGUAAAUAUUUUCUUUCCAAAUAGAUAUCAUAUACAAAAGACAGCAUUCAAAGGAUAUAGAAUCUAGUUUUUAAAAUCAGCACAGAUCUUCUUAAAACUGUGAACUAUGUUUUGAAAUACUCGUUGCUAAAGCUGUUUAUAAACCACAGGUGCCAUAAAAUCCCUAAACUAACGUUAUGUAUAACUUUUCAUAGUAUUAUUUAAUUACUGUUUUAGAACUUUAGUAAGCAUGUGUUCUUUCACAUUUCUCCAUCCUUCAUAUACUGUUUGUUGAGGCCUUCAGCUUUAAAUGUACAAGCUUUAAAAGUGCGCUUGCAACUAUUUCCUUUUAUUUCUGAAUGUGCAUUGCCUUAGCCAGCCACCAGAUGUUCUGCAUGCAUUCUUGGAAGUGUAUAGUGAGACUUUCUUUCAGGGCUGAAUGGGGAUAUUAGCUAUCUAUGAAAAAGCACAGGGGAAAGUGUGUCCUUUUUAAAAAGAUAGUUCCAACAGUGUCCCUUUGAGUAACGCUUUGUGUCUUGUUUUACUAACAAGAGGGAUGAGAGAGAGAUCACAGGCCUUCACUUCCACCAGGAUUACUAUAAAAAGGGGAAAGGGUUGCAGUGAUUUUGUAGAUCUUCACCUAUUGCAUUCUUACAUGGAAGAGUAAGGAAUUUCAGAAGUUCUCUUAUUGUUGGGCAAAAUUAUGAAAGUUUGUGUGCAUUUUUCAAAUAUUUUGCAUUUUGGGACGUGUGAAAAAAAAUUGCACACAUAAAAAAAAUUUUAAGCCAGUGGCUGUUAUCCUGCAUCAUCAGACAUAACUUUGAUGACAGAACUCUUGAGCGUACAUAUUUAUAGCCCAACAGUGCCACCCACAAAACCCACCUUUUCAGCCUAUCUGUGAUCCAGCCGAAGGGCACUGGGAAAUGAUGCCUGCAGCAAUCUCCUGAUCUCCUGAUGCAUUGAGAACAAGCAGCUGGAGGGACCCCUUGAAGUCCUGCUGUAAUUGCUUGUCUAAGUGUGCCCUGUGGCCAGGAGAGUCUGCGCCUCAACCUGCAGCACCUCUGAAAACCCUUGGCUCCGAUGGUGCCAGGCUGGAAAUGUGGAUUUAGAGGUUGAUGUUCAAUAAUUACUUUAAACAUGAAUCCCCAGCAGCUGUGAGAAUGUUAAAUCUCUUAACUACUGAAUGGGAUGGCAGCUAGUAUUGCUGUCUGCAUUUUACAUUUAAAAGCUCUCUGUAUUUUAUGUACAAAAAUAUACUAUUCAAAAACAUUUCUUCUGACCGAGAGCAGGCUUUUUUUUUUUUCUCAAACAAAUUUUUUGGAAAAGUUCCAAACCCCCCCCCCCCCCCAAAAAAAAUACCUUGUGGUAGUUCACCACUUUCUGGAUAAGAACAAGAAAAUUGACUAUAUUUUGUAUCUUCACAAUGCAGUGAAUUGUGACAGCUAGUAACAGUUCAUAUAAGUAAAAACAAUAAGUGAUAUAGAAAUAGCUAAGGUGCCAUUAAGUUAUUUCAUAUAUGAUGCAAGGUUAAUAUCCAAUAUCUAACACACUUUUAGAACUCUGUCCUAUCACAAAUUUAAUAGAAACAUUGUAGAAAAUGACUUCUUUUCACAGUGCUAUUCCCAAAAUUUGUGCAUUUUAUUUGUCUGAAUUAGAAGUUUAAUUUAUCUGGUGAUUCCAUAGGGUAUAAGCAUUAGAUAAAACAUAGUUGAUUAAAUGGUUGCCACUACUUUUCACAUAUGCACAGAACCAGUUACCAUUAGUCAGUUUCCUCCUUGUGUAUAUUGCAGCAUUACCUCUACGUAGUAAAAUCACAGAACUGAGA